AUGGGCAUACCAAAGACAAUGAAGGCUCUCCAGCUGACGGAGUUCAAGCAAGACAAGUUCGAGCUGAAUGCAGUCCCGAUACCUUCCAUUGGCGACAAUGACCUUCUGGUGAAGAUUGGUGCUGCCGGGUUCUGCCACACAGACUAUCAAGUGUGGGAAGGCGUCUACGGCUCAAAGCUGCCGCAGAUCCCUUCUCACGAGCCAGCCGGUAUCAUUGUGUCAGUUGGUGCCCAAGCUAAGGCAAAAGGCUGGGAGAACGGCCAGAGGGUUGGUGUGAUGCUGUUCAAACAUGCGUGCCGUAACUGCGUUGGCUGCGAGACGACAUCCGACGUCCGAUUCUGCAAAAACGUGGUGAUUGAAGGCCUCACAACCGACGGAGGGAUGGCCGAGUACAUCAUGGCCGGUUCGAGAUGA